AUGAUCCGGAGCCAACAGGCCAGAGCGCAAGUACAUGAACUGAGAACAACCAAAGGCACCCUCACACAAUUCCCAGAGGAAAUAGCUGAAGAAUUUCGCAUGUACUACCAAUCUAUGUACAACAUCGCUCCCAUGGCACCAGACAACCAUCAAGAAGAUAGAACAGCGGCCACGACUCGAUACCUUCAAGACUUGAGACCGGAUGCUCUAUCAUUGGAGGAGGCGAACGCGAUAGAAGCACCGAUAACAACCGAAGAAAUACAAGCGUGA